AAAUAUUCAUUUAUUCUUUCUAUAAAAUAAAAAUGCGUUCAGUCAUCACGUUUGCCGAAAGUUUUUGAAAAACAAGCAAACAUGCCCUUGAGAAUCCCAUCUCGUCUCCUUCCAUGGCAGCCUCUCUUCCUCUUCUUAUUAGUAAUCUCAUGGCUUCUCUCUUCUUCUCAUGGUGACGUUGGCACUGCUGCCCAUUACAGUCCACCAUAUUUACCCACCGCCUGCUACGGCAACGAUGCAUCGCAGUUUCCUUCCAAUAAUUUAUUUGCGGCGGCCGGCAAUGGAAUAUGGGACAAUGGGGCAGCCUGUGGGAGAGAGUAUUUGGUCAGAUGCAUUAGUGCCACGGUUGCCGGUUCUUGCCAACCCGGUCAAACGAUUCAAGUCAAGAUCGUUGAUUAUGCUCUUUCAACACCUACUCCGCCGUCGGCUAGCGGAAAGACCAUUGUCUUGUCGGAAACUGCCUUUGGGAGAAUCGCCAAUCCAUCGGCUACUUCUAUCAAUAUAGAAUUUCAACAGGUAUGAUAGAGAGGAAGGAUCAGAUGAAUGGAGGUGAGCGGAAGGGAAGAGGAAGGAAGGAAAGAGUUUCAUAAUUAAUUAAUUAAUUUUUGUGUAAUGUAUUAGUAAAAAUUUUGUUUCUAGAUUGAUAGUGAAAUUUGAAAAGAUUUGUCACAUCAAUAUUCUGGUAUAGUUUGGUAUAAAGUUUCGUAAUAAUAAAAAAAAUUGUGUUUAUUAAAGAAUGUUAUUUUAA